AUGGUCAACCCGCCGGAGAAGGAUCUGCAUUUGAUCACGGCUGUAGCUGACCAAGGUCAGGGAGGUCUCAAGGGAAAAACCCAAUCAAAUUCGACCGCUCAAUCGUCGAUUGCUCUUACAAAGGAUAAUCCUGCCAUCACGACCCCCAAGCGCAGCAGCAAGCAAAACCCUUCAGAAACCGCCAAGGAUGGCGCAAUGAACGGACACUCGCUCUUCCCCUCUGAAGUUGCCCAAGGUCAGGACGUCCCCACGGCCAACACUCGACCGAAUUUGACCACUCCUUUGUCGAUCGAUUUCACCAAGGACAAUCCUGAUCCCACGACUUCAAAGAGCCAACGCAAGCAACCCCCUCCUUACAAAACCGCCGAGCAUGGCGCAGUGCAAGGACAAUCGCUCGUUUCCUAUAUCACAAAACUCAAGGUGUCAACGUUUCACAGGCUCUACAAGAAGGCUUGGAGGCAGGAGGUGUUUUCUCUCGCAACGGCCCAACGCGUUAUCACUACUGACAAAAAAAGUGCCUUGCUUUUGGGAAUUUUUGCUCAUGUUCGACCCGACAUUAAUUGCCCUGCUAUCAUUCCUCCCAUUGUGGAGGCAUUCGAGCGACUAAAGCGAAAAGCAAAAAUAGCCAAAGCUCAGUCCAAGAUUAAGAAGCGACUUGCAUCCACGCCAGCGAACCCAAAAGGUGGCAAGGCACACGAUUCUCCCAAGCGACUCAAUCCAUGCAAUGCCACCAUGGACUUUGUUGAAAUCGUUUGGCAUGCUUUGACAACGGCGUUUCCAACAACCAUUGCUCAUUCUUUGGACCGAUUCUCAAUUGGAUGGUCCACAAAACAAGGUUGGAGCCAGAACAAAAUUUUCAACUAUGUACACACAACAACAAUCCUAUUUUAUGAUGUCUGCGCUGCCCACCAGAAGUGGCCACCAACCAUGGGCUCGAAUGAAGCAAAAUCACAAGAGGUGGCUUUGAAAUUGACAAGGACUGCACCUGAGCACGCUCAGGAAGGUCUGGAGGCAACAACCCGCUCAAAUUCUACCACCCUCUUGACGGUCGACAUUGUGAAGAAAACCCCCAAUGCUUGCAUUUCCUCCAUGUUGUACAGCUUGUUUGUCUUGUUUCUUUCUCUGGAAAAGAUACAGCCGACCAAAUUUCUGGUUCUCCAUUUCCAAAUCCCCACCAUCAGAGUGGGAGCGCCAACCUUCCCAUUGACAGGCCUGGCUAGAAAGAAUUGCAUUCAAUUCUUUCCUUGA